AUGACGGCCGCCAUUGUCACGCGCACCCCUCUACACACCCUUAGCAUGACCGGCGCACAAACAAACGGAAUCAAGAGAAAAAGUCUGCGGCACCACAACGACCACCCGGACGAGGAUGCCCCGCCAAACAAGAAGCCAAAGGCGACGAACACCACCACAUCCUCGAGGAACGCGUCGCAAAACACGGUAAAGAAGGCCAAGAAGUCCUAUGACGACGGUGAUGAUGACUUUGUCUUUACGCGCCUUCGUCCCAAGAAGGCCAAAACAAAGACGCCAGAUGUAGCCCCCGAGUCGGAAACCACAGCUGGAGCUUCCGCGCCUGUUCCCGAGCCACAGCCUGUACAACAGCCACCUCCGCCAGCAGACGAACACGCGCCAAUAGAAGCCACUCAACCGCCGAGGAAGAAGCCCAGAAAGACGCUACCUACGAGUCCCGAACCGACUUCGCGACGACGUUCCAAGCGCUUGUCUGGCAAUAGUCCUGUACACGAUCAAGCGCCAGCAACAUCGAAACCAGCUACCGAGUCGCAAUCACAGCAGAGGAACCCCGCCACACCACCUCCUGCACCUGUAGACCAGGAAAAUGUCGCGCCGGCAGCGGAUGGCAGUCCUGCUCUGGACCAGGGCGAAUUGACAAUACACAAAAAACGCGGUCCAGCAAAGAUCCCGCUACCGUUUGGGGAGACUCCUGUGCUACGUCGCAACAAGGAGAUGCGCAAAUUGAGUGCUGAGAAGUCGAGGAGAAGCUCCGAAUUCAACAUCGAAGCUUUGAAACUUGACGAAUCCGACUCCAACCAUGCGGAUCUUGACUUACGCAAAGAACGAGACGGCACAUACCAACGAGACGAUGAAUAUCGCAUACCGAAGAUUGAAGAAGCUGACUGGGACUCCGCGGAUACAGCCGUGCCACAUAGCCAGGUCGACACGAACGAGUUCUACAAACACAUUUCCCAGGAUCUGGUCGAGCCGAAACGCAUGAGACAAUUACUUUUGUGGUGUGGCCAUCGCGCUUUGCCGGAGAAGAGUGGUGGUGGUCAGAUGGAUGCGGCUGAGACGGCAGCGAUGCAUGCGGCGAGAGUCAUUCAGGAGGAACUGCUCAACGAAUUCAGCUCGCGGAACAAUCUGAGUUACUGGUACGACAGGGAAGAUACAACGCCGACUGUGCUGGUCAAGAAGCCAAAUCCGAGGAAUAUACAGAAUGCCGAGAAAUUGCUGCAAUUGGAAGCAGAACUUGCACGUUUACAAGAGGAAAAACGAGCAUGGGACGACCUCCUUUCCUCGACGACAUCACCAAAGCUCUCAGCAGAAACCGCGAACGCCGAAGCAUCAUCACAGCCUCAAUUAGACAUAUCACCACACGCCAUCAAUCCCGCCCUCCUGGACCCUUCACAGGCCGACCUCCUUCAAACCCUUCUCUCAGGCAUCUCCCUCGAUUCGAACUCCUCCGAACCAUCCACUUCUGCUCAAACUUCGACAUUAGAAACUACAAAAGCACGCAUCGGCACGAUAGCUUCAACACUAGAAUUCAAGAUCGACAAAUUGGCAGAUGGAGCGCAUAAACUCGAACAAUACAGGGCUGGUGCGCAGAGAUUGGCUGAUCAUGUUUUGGCUGUUGGAGCCGAGAAGCUGGAGGAGAGGAACAAGAGUGUCAGGGAGAAGACGAGCAAUGGUUCAUCUGGGCAGGUUGACGCGCUUGACAAGUUGAGGGGAUUGGGUCGGGUGUUGAACAAGCGCAGCUAA